GGUCUUUAAUGCGAGUGGUUCAUGCGUAGAUCCGCGUGGCUUCAAGCCUCUUUCUAGAAGGAAUGCAAGGGAGGGCCGUGCUCUCUCAUCUCAAAUUGCCACGCAGAGGCCACGCAGCAGCCAUGCUCUCAUGAGAUGCUAGUUCGUGAUUUGUGAUGGCGAUGAUGUGCAUGUUUGCUUGCUUGAGGCGGAGUAAUUGUGAGCAUGGCCGGUAUCUCGCUGCUGAGAUUGACAGCUUGAUAGCGCUCGUCUCCCCUUACCGAGAUGAGAUGCCUUCUGCCAAGCGAAAAGACAUGCCUCCCCAGCUUGAGAACACACUCGUGCACAGCAGGGGACGAAAAACCCUCAGAUGCCAUGUACAAGCACAUCAACAGAUGCGGAGAUAUCUUUCAAUCCAUUGUCCACCUGCAGAUUCCAACUGCAUAUUCACCCUUGCACCAGAAUCACACAAACUUCCUCCAAUACCUAUUCCCAAACUGCAUGACGUCCCAACCCGACGACUGCACGUAAGCAGUGGUAGCACAAACGCACGGCUACACAACAUGGGCCCCCCAAAGACGUCAGACGUAAUAAAGGCCAAGAUUUAACAGCAAACAAAACAUCAAGGCCCGUCGGAAACGAAGAGGGCCGUCGUACCGCAAACACGUGAAAUUAAAGUGUAAUUUUAAUCCGACGUUAUUUCCAUGUAAUCAACCAAACAGGGCAUAUAAUGUAACCUUGGUUACCUAAUCUCGGUUCACCUUCUUUUCUCUUUCUUUUUGGCGUAAUGAUUGUUUGUAAUACUGAUGGCAUGAGAUGCCAUAUUUC